AUGGCCACGGAGAUUGAACACCCCAUGGCCUUGGGCAACGUCCCCGAGGUCACCACACCCAACUCAACAUCUUCACCAUCUGUCCCGACCCCUGUCUCAGCCUCCAUGAAAAAAGAGACACCGUCUCCCUCUGCUUCAGCCGCAAACAAUGCUUCACGACGGCCUCCCCGUAAGAGCACACUCACUCAACAGCAAAAGAACCAGAAGCGACAGCGUGCUACACAAGAUCAAUUGACAACAUUGGAGAUGGAAUUCAACAACAACCCCACACCCACUGCCACCGUCCGUGAGAGAAUUGCCGAGGAAAUCAACAUGACUGAAAGGUCUGUCCAGAUUUGGUUCCAGAACAGACGAGCUAAGAUCAAGCUGUUGGCCAAGAAGAGUCUGGAGACUGGCGAAGACAUUGACUCAAUUCCCGAGUCAAUGCGCGCUUAUCUCGCUAUGCAGGCUAUGGAAUCUGGCAAGGGUCUCGGCGGAAGUUAUCUCGGCCGUACUGGACUGUUGCCCUUUGGUCACGGUAACAUGAUGCUCGGUGGCGACCAGGGAGGUCAGGGUAAAGUUUUGAUUCAUCAUCUCACCUGCCGAUCCCUCAGCAUCGGAAAGUGGACUCGAGUUGGACAAAACACGAUGGAUCUCAUCAUCUUCUACUCACCCGACAAGUGCACCAUGACCUACUACAUCAACAACGAGCAGGCCGGCUACAAGAUCGAGUACCCCUUCUCUUCCAUCAAGAACAUCUUCCUCGAGAACGGCGAAGGAGACCCAACUAAGCUUGGAGGGAUUGUCAUUGAGUUGAACAGGCCCCCCAACUUUUUCAUGGACUCAUCUCCCACCACCAACGGAUUCUUCCAGUGUGGUGAUUUCACAGAGGAUCUUCAAGCUACCCAGUGCUUGGUUCACCACCUCGGUGGAAACCCCAAGGUUCUCAGUGGCCAACUCGCCAAGUUGGUCUCGCUUGAGUCUUUCAUGAACCGACACAACCCUCAUCCCUACAACGACCCUCACGUCCUUUCCGUCUCGGCUCCUGUCUCCCCGACCGCCCGACCCUCAUCCCAGCCCAGCUUUCAACCUCAUGUCGGCAUGUACCAGGAGCAGUGGGGUAUUCAUCAGAUGCACUCUGGCAUGCGCCCUGGACCUGGUCACAAGCGGCAACGUUCGCGAUCAGUUCCUGGACCCGUUGAUUUCGCCAUGUUCCAGAACCAGCCGAUGCCGUCCUUCUACAUCCAACCUCCUGGAGAGAUGCCUCCUCCUCCUCCCCAGCACAACCCCCACAUCUUUGCGCCUGUUCCUCAGCCUCCUGGAAACAACAUGGCUCCUAAUCUGCGCAUUGAUACACAGGCAGGAUUCGGCCUUGACAUGCGUCAAUACCCCAUGUCUGCCACCACUGCUUCUCCUGCUGAGUUUCCUCCCAGCCCAGGCUUCUUCCCCCCUGGUCCUGAGGUUCCUCAGUCGAGCUACAACACACCUUAUAGCAAUGGUUUCCUGUCGCCAAUGGUUAACCCUGACACAGGUGUUCCCACAUCUGUUUCUCCUCUUCCAUUCAACAGCCCUGGCGAGCCUUCCAUUCUGGAACAGUCCCCUCCUAUGUCAAUGAUGGGUCGCCCUGGCUCAGCUGAUUUGUAUCCUAUGAACGAUGGAUCUUGUGCUGUUUCGGAAGAUGGAGCGAGCCUGAAUGAGAUGUACUCUAAGCACACCAUCAACCUGCCCAUGCAUACAACUUCCCCUGGUUUCGUGCAACACCAACAAGCUGAUCUCGACAUGGAUCAGCUUGUGCAGUUUGACGCAGUUGACCCCUCAAGCCUGUCUCCCGAGGCAAUGCCCCACGCUCACCAAGGAAACUAA